GCUGUUCUUGUACCAUAGCAUCGAGUCAGCUCAGCUUUGUUCGCACCUCUGCGACUCUGCGAGCUGCACCUGCUUGCAGACGUGGCGCCAAGAUUUUCCUAUGAAGAGGCCAGCGGCCGCGGCAAGCCGCAAGCAUGUGCGCAAGGGAACGCUGAAGAAGCCGGUUGCUGCUCCCGUCGCCUACGAUGUCCAGAUCGCUGCGCUGACGCACGAGGGGAACGUCUGGACCGAGGAGAAGUUCCACAGCUGGAUCAAGGAGACCAUCCGCAAGAAGGAGCCCUCCUUUGAGGUCGUACUGAGCUUUAACAACCGCGUCGAGGCGCUGAGUACCAGUUCCGUUCAAAAAGAAGCCGAGAUCUGGGCGACGCUGGCGAAGUAUCAUGGCAACUUCGACCGCCUUCGUGCGGGAGUACUGCAGCAAGCACCCAAGUGCGAGAAUCCAGCAGCUGCUUCAGGCAGCCGUGCUGGUAUUUCCUUGGGGAAGAUGACCGAGUGGAACUCGGCGGACUACGAUCACUUCAUCGAGACAACCCCGCGAUUCGCAGACAACCGCGCCACCGACAGCCCGCACUUCGA